AUGGCCGACAACUGUGAAAACCCAGACCCAAGCCCCAAAGUCGUCGACCGGAAGACGGUGAAGCUGAGCACCUCCAACGGCGAUUUCUUCGAGGUGGAGGAGGCCGUGGCAAUGGAGCUACAGACCGUCAAGUCGUUAUUCGAGGAAGACGGCGUUUCGUACGACACCGUCUUUCCUCUCCUGAACGUGUCGUCGUCCGCACUCGCCAAGGUUAUCCAGUACUGCCGGGGCACCGUCCAGCUCAGCGCCAAAUUGGCGGCGAGCGACGAGGAGGGCAGGAAGGAGGUGGAGAAGGAGAGGGAGGCGUUCGAAGCGAAGUUCGUGAACGAGGAGUUCGGGGACGGGAGCCCGACGAGCAACGAGUGUCUCAAGGAGUUGAUUCUCGCUGCUAAUUAUCUCAACAUCAAAGACAUGCUCUCUUUUCUCUUGCAGGCCGCCGCCGAUCGGAUCAAGAACAAGAGCGUGAAGUACGUGCGCCGCUUCUUCGGGGUCAAGAACGACUUCACGCCGGAAGAGGAGAAGGAUCUCCACGACAAAAAUGCAUGGGCCUUCGAGAACAUUGACGCAGACGAGAACUCCGACGCUGACGCAGACGAGAACGUCGACGCCGAUUGA